AUGGGGCCCGCCUUCACCGCCGCCGAGCGACGCCGCGCCGCCGCCCGGCUCAGAGAAUUUGGACGUGGGCGGCUGGCAGGUCGUCGUCGCCGACGGGCACGCGGUGCUGCCCGAAGGCAUGACGCAUCUGCCGGACGGGUGUUCAUCAACCGCACCUCUCUCGUCUCGGUCACAUGCCCGCGCAGCCUCGUCUCCAUCGGCAGCUUCGCCUUCGCCGACUGCUCCUCGCUCGUCUCCAUCGACCUACCCGCCGGCCUCACCUCCAUCGGCAGCUGCGCCUUCCGCAACUGCUCCUCCCUUGCCUCCGUCACCCUCCCCGCCGGCCUCACCUCCAUCGGCAACCACGCCUUCCUCGGCUGCUCCGCCCUCGCCUCCGUCACCUUCCCUGCCGGCCUCACCUCCAUCGGCGACGGCGCCUUCGACCGCUGCUCCGCCCUGUCCCGCGUCACUUUCCCCGCUGGCCUCACCUCCAUCGGCAGCGGCGCCUUCGCCCGCUGCUCCUCCCUCUCCUCCGUCACCUUUCCCGCCGGCCUCACCUCCAUCGGCAACCACGCCUUCCUCGGCUGCUCCGCCCUCGCCUCCGUCACCUUCCCUGCCGGCCUCACCUCCAUCGGCAGCAGCGCCUUCUAUGGCUGCUCCGCCCUCACCCGCGUCACCUUCCCCGCCGGCCUCGUCUCCAUCCGCAGCUACGCCUUCGCCCGCUGCUCCUCCCUCUCCUCCGUCACCUUCCCCGCCGGCCUCACCUCCAUCGGCAGCGGCGCCUUCGCCCGCUGCUCCUCCCUCGCCUCCGUCACCUUCCCUGCCGGCCUCACCUCCAUCGGCGACGGCGCCUUCGACCGCUGCUCCGCCCUGUCCCGCGUCACUUUCCCCGCUGGCCUCACCUCCAUCGGCAGCGGCGCCUUCGCCCGCUGCUCCUCCCUGACCCGCGUCACCGUGCCAGACACUGCCACCAUCCCCACCUUCUUCCCUCCCGCCACCACCGUUCUCCGCCUCCCUCCCAAGAGGAUGCGCGACCUGCAGCGCUGGUACGAGGCGGUGGACGGGGCUCUGGCCUACAAGCGCUGCCGCCCCCUCCUCUACAGCUGGCUAGAGCGGGCCCAGACCAGGCUCGGCUCUUACGGCCCGGACGGCGCGGCGCGCCAGCGCGACCUCGAGGAGUUCGAGGGCGAUUUUGGGCUGCUUGUAGAGUGA